AUGUGUCAUCAUUUAUCAAUAUCAUCAGGCAACAGCACAGCCCCCACCACUGGAUCCAGUGCUACCACCAGUGGCAACAGCACAGCCCCCACCACUGGACCCAGUGCUACCAACAGUGGCAACAGCACAGCCCCCACCACUGGACCCAGUGCUACCAACAGUGGCAACAGCACAGCCCCCCCCACUGGAUCCAGUGUUACCUCCAGUGGAAACAGCACAGCCCCCACCACUGGAUCCAGUGCUACCACCAGUGGCAACAGCACAGCCCCCACCACUGGAUCCAGUGCUACCAACAGUGGCAACAGCACAGCCCCCACCACUGGAUCCAGUGCUACCAACAGUGGCAACAGCACAGCCCCCACCACUGGAUCCAGUAUUACCUCCAGUGGCAACAGCACAGCCCCCACCACUGGAUCCAGUGCUACCACCAGUGGCAACAGCACAGCCCCCACCACUGGACCCAGUGCUACCAAUAGUGGCAACAGCACAGCCCCCACCACUGGAUCCAGUGCUACCAACAGUGGCAACAGCACAGCCCCCACCACUGGAUCCAGUGCUACCACCAGUGGCAACAGCACAGCCCCCACCACUGGAUCCAGUGCUACCACCAGUGGCAACAGCACAGCCCCCACCACUGGAUCCAGUGCUACCAACAGUGGCAACAGCAGAGCCCCUUUACCUUCUCCACCUGGGAUGCAGACAACUUCCGAUGUGCUUAGCAUAAGUGCUGCCACCUCAACGAGCAGCAUGAGGCCCGAAGGGUCCCUGAAGCCAUGGGAAAUCUUCCUCAUCACGCUGGGCUCGGCUGCAGUGGCUGUGGGGCUCUUCGCUGGGCUCUUCCUCUGUGUGAGAAACUCCCUGUGCCUGAGAGAUGCCUUUGACGCAGCUGUCUACCAUCCCCACGACCUCCACGUGGGCCCGGGCCCCGGAGGGAGGGAGGGCUCCCACUGCAGGCCGAGCUGCUGCACCCACAACAGCUUCCACCACAGCAACCGCCACCACUGCACCUUCCAACACAGCCCCUGCAAUCACUACACCUUCUACAACAGCCCCCACAAUUACUACACCUUCCACUACAGCCCCUGCACCAACUACACCUCUGACCACAGCCCCUGCCACCACUACUCCUUCCACAACAGCCCCAGCCACUACUACAGCUUCCACCACAGCCCCUGCACCCACUAUACCUUCCACCACGGCACCUGCACCAACUAA